AUGCUGGAGAAGGAGCAAGGCCCCUGGGCCUGCACUGGGACUGCCUGGCCUUCCUUCAUCCUCUGCGGCCUGCCCCCUGCCAUGUUCCCAUUAGCUCUAAAGGGCCCCAUUGGCCAUGCCAGCAUUGAAGGUGCCUUGGACAGGGCGGGGAGGAGGGGGACAAAAGCCAUCCACACAGGUGCCAAGCUGCCUGAGCAGGUGCCAGCCCAGAGAGUCCAGAGGCAUCCGUGGGCACUGCUCUUAGGAUCCUCCAGCUCUGGACCAAGCACCUCCCUCAGGCUGCUGGGUGCCAUGCCCCCCCACUGGCAAUGCGAUCCUAACUUCAUCAUCCCAGCCCUUGCGAUUUGCCAGUGGCACCUGAGUUACUUGGCAAUAUUCUGGAUCUUGCUGCCCACCUUUUUCUACAUGGUCUUCACUCCUUUCUGGCCUCUGCCUGUACUCUACAUUGCCUGGUUUGUCCUGGACUGGAAGAAGCCUGAGCAAGGUGGCAGGCGUUCGACCUGGGUACGAAAUUGGCAUGUCUGGACCAAGAUCCAAGACUACUUCCCCAUUACGCUCCUGAAGACCAAGGACCUGGACCCGGGGCACAACUACAUCAUGGGCGUCCAUCCCCACGGCAUCCUGACCUUCGGUGCCUUCUGCAAUUUCUGCACUGAAGCCACAGGCUUCUCCACCACCUUCCCCGGCAUCACACCCCAUUUGGCCACUCUCUCCUGGUUCUUCAAGAUCCCCAUCAUCAGGGACUACCUCAUGGCUAAAGGUGUGUGCCCAGUGAGUCAGCCAUCCCUCGACUACCUGCUGUCCCAGAGAGGCUCUGGGAACCUGGUGGGCAUUGUCAUCGGUGGUGUCGGGGAGGCUCUGCAGAGUGUGCCUAACAGCACCUCCCUCAUCAUCAAGAAACGCAAGGGUUUUGUACGCACAGCCCUCCAGCAUGGGGCUCACUUGGUCCCCACCUUCACCUUUGGGGAGACCGAGGUCUACCACCAGGUGCUAUUCCCUGAGGGCAGCCGCAUGUACCGAUUUCAGCACUGGUUUCACAGUUUCUGGGGUUUUUACUUUUGUGUCUUCUAUGGGCGCGGCUUCUUCCAGGACUUCUGGGGACUCCUGCCACUCCCCAAGCCCAUCAUCACCGUGGUUGGGGAGCCUGUAACAGUCCCCAAGAUGGAGAAUCCAAACCAAGAGACAGUGGACAAGUACCACACCUUGUACAUGGAAGCCCUGCGGAACUUGUUUGAUGAGUACAAGGCCCAGUACGGGGCCUCGAGGACCCAGGAGUUGUUGUUCCUUUGA